AUGGCGCCAACGAAGCAAGCUGAGAUUAUUAAAGCCUUGGACGCAAAGCCGUCAAUAGUGGCUGAUGAGGAGAUCCGGUUUCGGGUGGAUUUUCUGAAGGAUUAUCUAAAGCAACGACCCUAUUUGAGGGCUUUGGUUUUGGGUAUAAGCGGAGGUCAGGACUCGACUUUAGCAGGAAAGAUGUGCCAAAUAGCUGUGGACCAACUUAACCAGGAAGGGAAGAACGAGUACUCGUUUAUUGCAAUUCGCUUGCCGUAUGGAGUGCAAGUGGACGAGAAGGACUGUCAGGAUGCCCUAAGUUUCAUCAAGCCUUCACGCACGCUCACCGUAAACAUUAAGGAAGCGGUGCUUGCUUCGGAGAGGGCGCUUGCGGAAGCUGGAAUCGAGCUUUCAGAUUUUGUAAAGGGAAAUGAGAAGGCCCGCGAACGAAUGAAGGCGCAGUACUCGGUAGCCGCCAUGACCAAAGGAAUAGUCAUUGGCACCGACCACGCCGCAGAGGCGGUCACAGGCUUCUAUACGAAGUACGGAGACGGAGGUUCCGACCUUAAUCCGCUUCAUGGGCUGAACAAACGUCAAGGGCAAGCAAUGCUCAAGUCCCUCAAAUGCCCAAAUCACCUCUACACCAAGGUUCCCACGGCCGAUCUGGAGGAUGAUAAGCCUGCACUCCCGGAUGAAACGGCGCUCGGCAUCACCUACAGCGAGAUUGACGACUACCUCGAAGGUAAAAUCGUCAGCGAAAAGGCCCAAGCUACUAUAGAAGCAUGGUACAUGAAAUCGCAACACAAACGACAACUACCCGUCACUCCCUACGACAAGAAAACGCAAUAG